AUGCACAAAUAUGGUAUGAAGUUAUUUAAACUUUGUACAUUACCAGGAUAUACAUGCAAAUUGGAACUGUACGCUGGCAAAAAUAAUGAACUAGUGAAUACCACACCUACAAGAGUGGUAAUGUCUCUUUGUAAGCACAUACUGGGCUGUGGUCACACACUUGUAACUGACAAUUGGUAUACAAGCUUGGAGCUGGCCAAUGAACUACUCGAUAAGGACACUCAUUUGGUGGGUACUUUGAGGAAAAAUAGAAAAGGUUUGCCGAAAGCGGUAGUAGACUCAAAAUUAAAACCAGGCGAAGUAAUAGCUAUGGAGAAUGAACGAGGAAUAUGCGUAUUGAAGUGGAAGGACAAAAGAGACGUGCUGAUGUUAUCCACGAAACAUUCUAAAGGAUUUUCUAAAAUAACUAAAAAGGGUAAAGUAAUUCGCAAACCAAGAAUGGUUUUAGCCUACAACAAAAUAAAAAGCGCAGUUGAUAUGAGCGAUCAAAUGGCCGCAUAUUCCUCACCAUUACGUAAAUCGGUGAAGUGGUAUAAAAAAUUAGGAAUAGAACUUAUAUUGAAUACAGCGAUUGUUAAUGCAUGGGUUAUGUACAACGAAAAUAAAAAUAAAAGUGAAAGUAUAGUACAGUUUAGAAGAGAGUUAGUGGAGUAUUUAGUUGAUGCAGGAAAGGAGCAGACCAUAGAACCCGAAAGAAUAGAUAGACCAAAAAGACUGAAACAUCAAUUAUUGAAAAAAAGAGGGUAA